AGCUUUUCUGCUGCUAAAAUCGGAUAAAUCCCAAGAUUUUAGACUCGUCUUUUUGAAGCUCUUGCUGUGUGCAAAAGAAAACAUAAGCAACUUUCAAGCUCUCUCAGCCUGCAACUUUCUCACAUUCAAAUUCUAGCUCAAAAAUUCGCAGCCAGGUCAAUGUGGUAUGCUGUCUCUGCCCCACACUGUUGCAUAUCAUAUCCAAGAAGACCUUGUAGCCCUCGUUUUCUAAGAAAGUGUUCAGUUCCAACGAGUUUUUGUGUGCAAGCUUCCUUGCCGGAGAAUAACAAUGGUGCUAAAGUGGAGUACACUCCUUGGCUGAUUGUUGGAUUGGGUAACCCUGGCAAUAAGUACCAUGGCACCAGGCACAAUAUUGGUUUUGAGAUGAUUGACAGUAUCGCUAAAACGCAAGGUGUUGUGAUGAAUACCAUUCAGUCAAAGGCCUUGGUUGGAAUAGGUUCCAUUGGAGAGGUACCGAUUUUGUUGGCGAAGCCUCAAGCCUACAUGAAUUACAGUGGGGAAUCGGUUGGACCACUUGCGGCAUAUUAUCAAGUGCCCCUACGUCAUAUUUUACUGGUUUAUGAUGAGAUGAGCUUACCAAAUGGUGUUCUGAGGAUUCAGCCAAAAGGAGGACAUGGAUAUCACAAUGGUGUGAAGAGUGUAAUGGGCCAUCUGGACGGUUGCCGCGAAUUUCCUCGGUUGUGUAUAGGUAUUGGAAAUCCGCCUGGAACUAUGGACAUGAAAGCCUAUCUUCUACAGAGGUUCAGUACAGUAGAGAGACAUCAGAUUGAUGCAGCACUGGAUCAAGGGGUUGAGGCUGUAAGAACCCUGGUGCUGAAUGGAUUUGACCAGAGUAUCACUAGUUUUAAUUUGAGGCAGAAAUACAAAUAUCACAAAGUGUAAUUUGGGCAAAGGAGUAAGUUGCUCAUAGAGCAUUUCUGAUGUAUCCAUUGUCACUCUUCCUUUGUACUAGUCUUCCUUUUGAACGAAGCUACUAUUACCAAAAACAAAGCUGAUUUAUAACAAGCUGGAUAUCUUGAUCUCUAUACUUUGCUUCA